AUGUCCACUAAAGUUUCCAUCAUGUGUACAUCUUCAUCAUCUUCGUCAAGUGGCGGUGGUGGCGGCAACGGCAACGGCGGUGGUGGUGGAGAUUGUGGAGGAGAAGAGAGAAGGAGGAAGACAAUGGGUCGGGGGCGGAUUGAGUUAAAGAAGAUUGAAAAUGUCAGUAGUCGACAGGUGACAUUUUCAAAACGUCGUGCUGGACUUUUGAAGAAAGCUAAAGAGUUGGCAAUUCUGUGUGAUGCUGAGGUCGGUGUUAUUAUAUUUUCCAGUACCGGAAAACUCUAUGAAUUUGCUAGUUCUCGGUUGCAAAACAUAAUCUCAAGAUAUGAAAAAAAUUCAGAUUGUUUGGAUAAACCAGUCCCCGAGACACAGCAAGAAGUGGAUCCCGAGGUAGAAGCUUUGAAGGCUGAAAUUUUGAAGCUACGGAAAGGGCAGAGGUUGAUGAUGGGAAAGGAGCUAGAAGGAUUAACCUAUAAAGAGCUUGAACAUUUAGAGCAUCAACUUCAUGAUGGCAUGUUAGCCGUCAAGAAUCGGAAGGAUAUGGCAUUGAUGGAAGAGAUCGAACAAACUAAAUUACGGGAACAAAGAACUAUGCAAGAAAACGAGGCUUUGAAGAAACAAAUUUUAGAUCAUCUAACUAAAUCUACAACAAACUCUGAAAUCCAACUAUUAGGACGAAAUAAUCAUUUCAACACACCAAGCUCACUUGGGUGUCUUAAGCGAGAUAACGGAGACAUUGGUAUUUCUUUGCAUUUAGGGUUAUCACCGCACAAUGAUCAACAUCACAAAAGAAAAGUUCCGAAAAUUGAGCUUGAUCCAUAAGUUUUGAAGAAUAUGAGGUUAUAAUUCUUCAGAUUUAAUGUUAAACAUCGAGUUUUACUUUUAUUUUAUUGUAUGAAGUGAUAAUUGAUAUUUUAUA